UUCAUGCAGUGAGCAGUCGUGCUGUGUCAGUAGCGGAAGCCAUGCAAGUUCAUUCACGAUAUUUCUCUCAAUAACCAACACCUUUUAGUUCUGUGGUUUAACAGUUUGGAUUUAAACUUAACGUCAAAAAGGAUGAAGCUGUGUGCCACUGAUUUGACUGGAAAUUUAACUGACUGAGGGAAAUGUGCUUCACUGGAAGGCCACAACAGCAACGGCAGAACCAAACCCUGGUAACCAUGAACGGGCUCCUCUCUUGAGGCCUGUGCGGCGUUUUGUAACGCGGUUUAAAUUGUUUCUGCUGGCCGUCAAACUUUGUGAUCAUGGGCUGGAAGCUCUCCUCCCAGAAGCUUGGCUUUUUCCUUGUGACAUUUGGCUUCAUAUGGGGCAUGAUGCUCCUACACUUCACCAUCCAGCAGCGGACUCAGCAUGAAAGUAGCAGCAUGCUUCGGGAGCAGAUCCUGGACCUCAGCAAGCGCUACAUCAAAGCACUGGCAGAGGAAAACCAGAACGUGGUGGAUGGGCCCUAUGUUGGGACAAUGACAGCAUAUGAUUUAAAGAAGACUCUGGCUGUACUCCUAGAUAACAUUGUGCAGCGACUGGGGAGGCUGGAAUCCAAGGUGGACACCCUGCUUUUCAAUGGCACUGGGGGAAACUCGACAAACACCACCAUCACUGUUGGUCCCAUCCCAGGGAACACAGAGAAAGUCAACGUGGCAGAUCUCAUUAAUGGGGCCCAAGAACAGUGUGAACUGCCUUCCAUGGAUGGCUUUCCUCACUGCGAGGGCAAAGUGAAGUGGAUGAAGGACAUGUGGCAGUCAGACUCGUGUUAUGGCAGCUAUGGUGUGGACGGGUCCACCUGUUCUUUCUUUAUUUAUCUCAGUGAGGUUGAAAACUGGUGUCCUCGUCUUUCAUGGAGGGCAAAAAAUCCCAAUGAAGACUCUGAUAAAAUGACAAAGUCUGAAAUCCGGAUGGGUUUUGAGGAGCUGUACAGAGUGAUGUCCAGGCGUGAGGAAUUUCGCUGGAUGAUGCUGCGGAUAAAGAGAAUGGCAGAUGCUUGGAUGGGAGCCAUCCGAUCCCUGGCUGAGAAGCAGAACCUUGUGAAGCACAAGCGGAAAAAGAUACUCGUUCACCUGGGUCUCUUGACAAAGGAAUCAGGUUUCAAGAUUGCGGAGAAUGCAUUCAGUGGUGGCCCCCUGGGUGAGCUGGUCCAGUGGAGUGACUUGAUUACAGCCCUGUACCUACUGGGCCAUGACGUCCGGAUCUCAGCAUCACUGGCUGAGCUGAAGGAGAUAAUGAAAAAGGUAGUUGGCAACAAGUCUGGCUGCCCAACCAAGGGUGAUAAAGUGGUGGAGCUGAUUUACAUCGAUAUUGUUGGGCUCACUCAGUUCAAGAAGACGCUUGGUCCUUCCUGGGUACAUUACCAGUGUAUGCUUCGUGUGUUGGAUUCAUUUGGCACUGAACCAGAGUUCAACCACGCCCAGUAUGCACAGUCGAAGGGACACAAGACCCCUUGGGGGAAGUGGAAUCUGAAUCCUCAGCAGUUCAACACCAUGUUUCCGCACACACCAGAUAACAGCUUUCUUGGAUUUGUGGUGGAGCAGCACCUUAAUGCCAGUGACAGAAAGCAUAUUGAUGACAUCAAAAGGCAAAAUCAAUCCCUUGUGUAUGGAAAAGUGGCUAACUUCUGGAAGGACAAGAAGAAAUAUUUGGACAUUAUUCAAACCUACACAGAGGUCCACGGCACGGUUCACGGAACAAGCACAGAACACCUGCCCAGCUACGUGAUAAACCAUGGCAUUCUCAGUGGCCGGGACCUGCAGUUCCUACUGAGAGAGACCAAGCUGUUUGUUGGCCUUUCCUUCCCCUAUGAAGGGCCAGCUCCAUUGGAAGCUAUUGCUAAUGGCUGCGCUUUCCUGAAUCCAAAGUUUAACCCCCCGAAAAGCAGCAAGAACACUGACUUCUUCAAAGGCAAGCCAACUCUGAGAGAGUUAACAUCUCAGCACCCCUACGCAGAAGUGUAUAUCGGGAAACCUCAUGUCUGGACAGUGAACAUCGAGGACCCUGUUGAAGUGGAGAAAGCAGUCAAAGCUAUUCUAAGCCAGAAGAUUGAGCCAUAUCUGCCAUAUGAGUUCACCUGUGAAGGUAUGCUGCAAAGAGUCAACGCUUUCAUCGAAAACCAGGAUUUCUGCCACGGUCAAGUGAUCUGGCCACCCCUGAGUGCACUCCAGGUGAAGGUCACUGAACCGGGGAAGUCCUGCAAACAAGCCUGUCAGGAGAAGCAGCUAAUCUGUGAGCCCUCCUUCUUCCAGCACCUCAACAUGGACAAAGACCUGCUCAGGUACGGAAUAGAGUGCCGGACCGUGGAGUCUACAAAUGACAACGUGGUGCCGGCCUAUGAUGAAGGGAGGAAGCACUGUGUUUUUCAGGGUGACCUGCUGCUCUUCAGCUGUGCUGGAGCUCAUCCAAACCUUAAACGCAUCUGUCCUUGUCGGGACUACAUGAAAGGACAGGUUGCACUCUGCCAGGGGUGUCUCUAGCAGCUGCCAAGCGCCAUGAAGCAAUGACAUGAGAGAUCCACACAUGCCCACAGCCCAGUAACAGGGACCCACUCUACUGGGCAGAGAAGAAACACACUUGCCUAGUUAAAAGGAAAACAAUCUGUAUCUUCUCUUUGCAUCAUUUUUCAAAAAGAAAUGUUUGAUGUUAGAAAAGAGAGUAAAAUCAUAAUUAACGUGUACACAACUUUGAUAUGUACACAAAAUGGAAGAAUAUCUGGAGAAAAUGGAGACUGAUGACAAAAGAAGUGGCCACUCAAUACACAAUUGAGGUCCGGUGAUUGUACUGCUGUGCACAUUGCAAUGGCCCAGGCACUAGAAGUUACACAAACUCAAAUUAAUCAAACUUAAAUAAAAUGACAGUGUGGGGGGGCUGAAAUGUUCACAUAAAGAACUGUCUACUGCCUUUUUGAACAUUUGCCUAUUUGAGAAUUAAUUUCCAUCUCCAAAUUGCAAUGGGGGAUCAGUAAACAAGGCACCGCAUAAGAAAGUGGAUCAUUUGAAUGUCCAGCCUAUAUUACCAAGAGAUGAUAAAGAAAAUAAAAAAAUAUAUUUAUAUAAAUAAAACCUUUCGUCUAGGUUUUCAACAGGUGACAUCCACAGCAAUCGUUUAGCGCCUAGGUUUGCACUAGUUUGUCCUAAGGCAAUAGAAAAAACUAACAAUCUAGAAAAGAAUGUUAACUGUAUUUGUAGGUGUGCCAGUCUCAUGUUAUGUAAAUGUACAGCCUUCUAUAGCCAGUUACAUAGAAGAGGGUGUGUAGGGAAUAUAGCAGUAGAAUUUAUCAGUAAGCUGUUAAUAAGCAAGGCAUUGUCUGCUUACUAAGUGACAAUAUGCAAUAUGUAUAAAAUCAUUGUGUGGUUGCAUCCACAUGUGUCGUGCAAAAGUGUCAUAUCUGUGCACCUUUAUGUUUUACUUGGUAGUCACAUUUCUCCAGUUAUGAUGGCUGCAUGAUUCCAGUCAUCUCUUUUACCUACCUAAAUUAACCCAAGGGCACAGCGAAUUACUUCUGUGCGAUAACUACGUUGGGAAUCAGAUGGUUAAAGAUCAUAAAGACAUUUUUUGUGACAGCCUGAACUGUCUGCAUCAUAUUCACUCUUAGUAAGGUGCAGGUGCAAGGUACUGUUUUUAGGUGGCAGUGUUUGGUAACAAAUAAUAGUCCAAAACUAGACUAAUUACAGAAAGUAGCUGGCAGUGAUCCUCUGGUAGGUAGAGGGGAGUCUGUGAACAAGGUUGCUUAGGCUCUCCCUGAUGCAAAAUGUUUCUUGUUUUUCAUUUGAUUCCUAUAGGUAACAGGGUUAUAGCAAAGAAAUAAACAGAAAAAUCAAACAUUGUUAAAAAAAAAAAAAAAAAAAAAAGGCACUAUCUUGAGGAAUAUAGUUGCUAAAACAAUACUGAAGGUAUAAUUACACUGUAUAUUGUUGAAAUGGAGUUUUGUAAAUCUUUUAUUAUUUAUUUUGAUUACCGAAUUACUUUAAGUGUCUGCUAAAAAUUGUAAUUUACUUAUUUUGCAGUUUAUUUGAGACACAGAAUCCAUUUUUUUAAGAUACUUUAUUUAACAAAUAAUUUAAUUAACUUUAAGAGUAAAAAAAAAAAAAAAAAUAUAUACAAGUGGCAGUUCUUUAAUUCACUUUUCUGAGGUGCUGUUGUGCAUAAGGGAAUAUGUAUAGUUCAUCUCUUAUGGUAUAUCCAUAUUUUUGGUAUCCACAUUGACUUAUCGUAAGUCAUUUAAAAAAAAAAAAAACCUUUUUAACUUAAACAAGCUUAA